UUCUGAAAUAGAAACCUCAACAACCACUCCCUCGUCCCACUGUCUGUUCAGCACUGAGUCAAGAGUCAAAGCAUGGAGAGUGAAUGCAGCGUUCGCAGUGCGCUGUGUGCUCACGCUGCCGUACGAAAUCUGCGUUAGUGGAUAUUCACUCUUCCACUCCAGCAUCCCUGCAACUUUCGCCAUGAGUUUGCUUCACUUCUCAACCCUUCUGGCAGUCGCUCUUCUGACGCGGGCUCAGACGCAGCUUUUGCGCGGCUCGUGCAGUUUUGACGCGGACAGCUGCGGCUACACGUCUGAUCCCGCUUAUGCUGCCUGGACCAUCAACGAGGAAGGUCGCUUCAUCACAGCAGAUUCGUCAUCUUUUGGUGAGAAAGAAAAGUAUGUCCUGGUCAGCCCAGAGCUGGAGCUCAGAGACUGGAGCUGUAUGCGGUUGGUCUAUCAGAUCUCAGGCUCAGGCUCUCUUCAACUGCAUUUGCGACCCGAGGGCGAGAACUUUGACUACGUGUUAUGGACGGCGGAGAAACCCUCAGACAGUUGGCUCAUUGCCAGCGUGGACCUCCGUAAUAUGUCUGAGGCUUACCAGCUAUUAUUUGAGGCUAAACCCAGCAGAGGAAUGGGAAAUAGCGUUGCUGUUUUUGAAAUACACAUCAUCCCUGGAUACUGUAUAGAGUGCAACUUUGAGGAACAUCACUUGUGUGGCUACAGCAAUCAGUGGAAUCCCAAUGUGAACUGGUAUGUGGGUGGGAGUUUGGCCCGGGACCCUCAGUCAAACCUUCCAGAUGACCACACCAUGAACAAUGAAAGAGGUCACUACAUGUAUGUGGACUCAAUUUAUGCUAAAAGGUUCCAAGAGGUGGCCAAGUUGGUGUCACCAAUGACUACCAGUUCAAUGGCAGGAUGCUUGUCCUUUUACUACCAACGGGACCAAGCCAUUGGGAAUUUCUUCUCAGUCUUCACUAAGGACCAGCUGGGCCACUAUGAAGAGAUAUGGAGACCUGAUGUGUAUGCAACCUCAAAUUGGAAGUUAGUGCAAGUGGAUAUAAAGGCACCACAUCCUCUAGAGGUGGUGUUUGAGGUGGCGUUCAACAGUGCCCGUGGUGGAUAUGUUGCUCUGGAUGACAUUUCUUUCUCAUCAGAGUUUUGCCACACAGAGACAGAGCCAGCGUUUGACCCUGCUGUUGCAAACUGUGACUUUGAGGAGGGGCUGUGUCAGUAUUAUCAGGAACAGACCGGAGGUUCAGUGUGGAACAUGGUCUCUGUGAAACCAAAUGUUUACCGCAUGGGUGAUCACACCACAGGCACUGGGUCUUUUCUGCUGACCAACACUCGUUAUCCCUCUCGUCCAGGGUAUGUGGGUCGUCUUUUUGGACCGUCCCUGCCAGGGAACCACAAAUACUGCCUCAGGUUCUACUAUGCCUUGCAUGGGUUCAUGAAAUUAGAUAAUGCCCUGGCUCUCUAUAUCUAUGAUGAAAACAACGUAGCUCAGGAGAAACUCUGGACCGUGUCUGAGAGGUCUAGAGAUGUUUGGACAGAGGUGGAAGUCACCUACUUAAAGCCCAUGUCUACUAAGGUAGCAUUUGUCAGCAUCUGCAGAAACUUCUGGGACUGUGGACUUGUGUCUCUCGAUGACAUCUCAGUGACCCUUGGAGACUGUCGGGUUGCUACAGGACCCUUAAAUCCUCCUCCUGGACACUGUAACUUUGAAACUGGGGACUGUGGCUACACUCAGAAAAAGAAAGUUAAGAAAGGACAUUGGUUGCGAAUCAGGGGACAGACACCCACAUCUUACACAGGACCCAAAGGGGACCACACCUUAGGGGUAGGCUACUUCAUGUACAUUGAGGCAUCUCACAUGUUACCCAAGCAGUCAGCCCGACUGAUGUCCACUGAGCUGAGGGGUUCGACCGGCCCUCAGUGUCUGAUCUUCUUCUACCACAUGCAUGGCUCAGGCACUGGCACCCUGAGCGUCCUGCUGCAUAAGGGGGACAAGGAGAGAUUGCUUUGGACAAGACAAGGAGAACAAAGUGUGUCCUGGAUGAAAGCCACAGUGGAUUACGAGUGUUACACAAGGCAUUGGAUUAUAUUUGAAGCCAUUAGAGGAUCUUCAGUAAGGAGUGACAUUGCAAUCGAUGAUAUUGUGUUUAAAAAGGGACCAUGCAAAGAUCCUGGAGACAGCGUCCCAUACUCAGGCUUCUCUGAAAAUUUUAAUGAAAUUGAGUACUAAGCGAGGCCCAGGCUGAUAUAUUUUAAUUUGUGUGUCACUGGGGACAGGGAGACUGGGAGAGAGAAAAGAAC